AUGUAUACGAAUUCAACUCUCUCUCUAUCUACCUACCUAUCUGCCUAUCAGUGCCAGUUAAGAUCUAUCUAUCUAUCUAUCUAUCUAUCUAUCUAUCUAUCUAUCGCAGUUUACUCUCUCUCUCUCUCUCCCUCUUUAUCUAUCUAUCUAUCUAUCUGUUGUGGAAUGAUUUCACAUAUAACACUAUCUAUCUAUCUAUCUAUCUAUCUAUCGCAAUCUCUCUCCCUCUUUAUCUAUCUAUCUAUCUAUCUAUCAGUAGCAGUUAAGUUAUAUCUAUCUAUCGCAGUUUGUCCUUAUCUAUCUCUCUAUAUAUCUAUCUGUUUUCCCGAUCUCUUUCUAUCUAUCUAUCUAUCUAUCUAUCUAUCUAUCUAUCUAUCUAUCUAUCUAUCUAUCUAUCUCUAUCAGUGCCAGUUAAGAUCUAUCGAUCUAUCCAUCUCAGUUUAUCUAUCUCUCUAUAUAUCUACCCCAGUUUAUUUCUCUCUCUCUUUCUCUCUCUCUCUCUCUCUAUGUAGACCAAUUCAUCUAUCUAUCUAUCUAUCUAUCUAUCUCACCAGAAAACUUUCUCUCGCUAUAUCUAUCUAUCUAUCUAUAUAUAUAUAUAUAUAUACAUGUUUAGACAAAUUGUUGAUAUCUAUCUAUCUAUCUAUCUCUAUCUAUCUAUCUAUCUAUCUAUCUAUCUAUCUAUCUAUUCAAAUUAUCUCCCUUUCCAUCUAUCUAUCUAUCUAUCUAUCUAUUCAAAUUAUCAAUAUAUACUCAGAUAUUAAAUAA